UGGACGUAACAGUUUCAUUUCGUAGUUCAACGAAAAUUGCGAGUCACAUAACGAUCUAAUCAGAUUUUUUGAGAUACUUUAUUGAAUAUAUUUAGAAAUCUUUUUAUUUUUACAGUAAUUAUUUUUGUACAAAGAUGGCAUUUAGUGGAAAAGUUGUGCUAAUAACUGGAGCCAGUUCUGGAAUUGGAGCAGCAGCAGCAAUACAUUUUGCUCAACUUGAGGCAUUGUUAGCCUUAACAGGUCGUAAUGCACAAAAUUUAAAGGCAGUUAGUGAAAAAUGUAAACCUAACAAACCAUUUACAAUAACUGGCGAAUUAACUAAUGAAUCCGAUGUUAAAAAUAUUAUUGACUCUGUUAUUAAACAUUAUGGCAAAUUAGAUGUAUUAGUUAACAAUGCUGGCAUAUUAGAAAAUGGAAGUAUAGAAAAUAUUACAUUAGAUCAAUAUGAUAGAGUAUUUAAUAUAAAUGUACGUGCAGUAAUGCACUUAACAAUGUUGGCUGUUCCACAUUUAAUACAAACUAAAGGUAAUAUUGUAAAUGUGUCAAGUGUAGUUGGAAUAAGAGCAUUCCCAGGUGUUUUAGCAUAUUGUAUGAGUAAAGCAGCACUUGAUCAUUUCACAAAAUGUGUAGCUCUUGAACUUGCACCAAAACAGGUACGAGUAAAUGCUGUAAAUCCAGGUGUUGUAAUAACAAAUUUGCACAAAUCUAGUGGUAUGACAGAUGAACAAUUGAAGAAAUUCUUUGAAUAUUCCAAAGAAACUCAUCCACUUGGCAGACCAGGCGAAUCUUCUGAAGUUGCUAAGGCAAUUGCGUUUUUAGCAAGUGAUGAUGCCAGUUUUACUACAGGUGUAUCUUUGUCUAUAGAUGGAGGAAAACAUGCUAUGUGCCCUCGUUAAAAAUUAUAUUUGUACACAUUAUAAUGUACACAGUUUGCUAACUGUUAUAUUUUCUAAUAUAUAAAAAACUAUUAUUUAUUAAUAAAAUUGAUUAUUCAA